AUUUUUUUUUUUUUGAAAUUAAAAAAAAAAAAGAAAAAAAAAUAGGAAAAAAAAAAAAAAAAAUUUUUAACAAAUUUUUUUAUUUUUUUUUUAUUUACUUAUUAAAUAGAGAUACAUUUACACAAAAAGAAUGUCACAAUAUCCAGGACAAUACUCACAACCGGGUCAAUAUGGUGCUCCAACCGAUUUAAAUAAAGCAUCACCACAACCAGGUCAAUAUGGACAAGCUCCAGGUCAAUAUGGCAGUUAUCAAUCACAACCAGGUCAAUAUGGUUCACAAAAUCCAGGUCAAUACCCACCACAACAACAAUAUGGUCAACAACAACAACAACAACAACAAUACAGCCAAUAUAAUCAACAACAAUCAUAUAGUCAAUAUGGUGGACAAUUACCACCACAACAAUUUGCAGCUCCACCAACACAACAAUAUCCACCACAACAAUACCCACCACAACAAUAUCCAGGUAUGAAUAGUGGUGCCUAUUCAUCCUAUGGCCAAUAUCAAACAUCAAGCUAUGCAGCUGGAGGUUAUCCACCACAACCAUAUGGUGCCUAUCCAACCCCAACACCACCAGUUGCCUAUGGUGCUUAUGGUGUUCAACCAGUUGCCGUUGGUGUAACCCCAGUCGCUGUUGGUAUUACUACAGUUGCUGAUGUACCAUAUACCCUUCACAUCAAAGGUUCAAGAUUAGAUAGAAAAGAUGUUUUCUCAAAAUCAGAUCCAUUCGUUACAAUCUCUGUUCCAAGAAAUCCAUUAUAUGUUGGCAAAAAGAGCGUUAGCUACAGUGGUAAAGCUAAAGGUGGUAGUACUGCUCAAUGGGCUGUUGUUCACAGAACUGAAACUAUCAGAGAUAAUCAAAAUCCAGUUUGGCAACCAUUCACCAUUGGUCUCCACACUCUUUGUGGUGGUAAUUUAGAAAGACCAAUUAAAAUUGAAUGUUGGGAUUACGAUAAUGGUGGUGCUCAUGAUCUCAUUGGUAAAAGUGUUACUUCACUCCGUGAAAUGCAAGUUAUGAAAGAAAUUCGUUUAGUUAAUAAAAAGAGAAUUGGUAUUGGUAAAACCGCUGGUACAAUUGAAGUUCUCAAAUGUAGUCCAUAAAAAUAAUUUAAUAUUAUAAAAAAUAAAAAAUAAAAACUGUUAUUUUAAUUAAAUAAUAAACAAUAACAAAAACAAUCAUUACAUCCAUACACACAUAUAUAGAUUAUAUAUAGAAUAAAAUAAUAUAAAACAUAAAAUAAACUAAUGUAAAAUUCUUUUAU